GGCAACGGCAAACUGUUAAUGUGAGCUAACACGGAGUUACAGAUGUUACAGAUGUUACAGAUGUUACAGGCUGUGAGAGGUCAACAGUAGCUGUAGCUGUCUCCUCCGUCACACGAACAGAAAAGAGAAACAUUCAUGUUGCAGCUCCUACGUAAGGUAACGACAUCUGACGUUAGCCUUUAGCUACACUUAGCUUCUUUUCGACGACGGUCGCUCAAACCGUCUUCUUCUUUUUACCAACAAUCACAUCGUUUGUGUCUGGAUGCCACUGAGUGCCAGCGUCGGUGAGUGAAUCUAACGAAGGGAUGGAGAAGGAGCAGCACAACACCGUCGUGUUCAACUCUUCCAAAAGAGAGCUGUUUUCUACCAACAGUGGAUACAAAUCCAUGCAGAAGAGACUGAGAGCUCAAUGGAAAAUCCAGAGUAUGAAGGAAGAGCUGUCUUUGGACAAGCUGAAGGGUGUCAGGUUGUGGAUAACUGCAGGCCCGAGGGAGAAGUUCACAGCAUCAGAGCUGGAGGUGCUGAAGCACUACCUGGACACAGGAGGGAAUGUGCUGGUCAUGCUCGGCGAAGGAGGAGAAAUGAAAUACGACACCAAUAUCAACUUUCUCCUGGAGGAGUACGGGAUAAUGGUCAACAAUGAUGCCGUUGUGAGGAACGUGUAUUACAAAUACUUCCAUCCUAAGGAGGCGCUUGUGUCCAAUGGUGUAUUAAACAGAGAGAUAAGUCGGGCUGCUGGCAAAGUGGUCACAGGAAUCACUGAAGAUGAAAAUAUCGGAAAUGAUGCUCAAGCUCUGACAUUUGUGUACCCAUAUGGAGCCACACUGAGUGUGAUGAAGCCUGCUGUAGCUGUUCUUUCAACUGGCUCAGUCUGCUUCCCCCUCAACAGGCCUGUGCUGGCAUUCCAUCAAGGAAAGGAGACUGGCAAGCUGGCAGUGUUGGGUUCCUGCCACAUGUUCAGUGACCAAUACAUAGACAAAGAGGAGAACAGUAAAAUCAUGGACGUUGUGCUCCAGUGGCUCAUGACUGACAACAUUCAGCUGAAUCAGAUUGACGCCGAAGACCCAGAGAUCACAGAUUACAACAUGUUGCCAGACACAGGGUGCUUGUCAGACCAGCUCAGAGUGUGUUUACAAGAGGGUGAUGAAAACCCCCGAGACUUCACGUCUCUGUUCGAUAUGUCUUUGUUCAAUUUGUCAACUGACACUUUGCCCCAAGUCAUUGGCGCUUACAAGCAGCUUAAUGUCAAAGAUGAGCCGCUUCAGCUGAUCACGCCGCAGUUUGAGACCCCUCUGCCUCAGCUUCAACUUGCUGUCUUCCCUCCUGCUUUAAGUGAUUUGCCUCCACCCAUGUUGGACCUGUUUGAUCUAGAUGAAACCUUCUCUUCUGAGAAGGUGCGCCUGGCACAGCUCACCAAUAAGUGCACGGACGAUGAUCUUGAGUUCUACGUGCGCAAAUGUGGCGAAAUUCUUGGUGUGACUCCAAAGUUGGAUAAAGAUCAGAGGGAUGCCAAGCACAUCUUGGAACACAUUUUCUUUCAAGUUGUAGAGUUUAAGAAACUCAAUCAGGAGCAUGACAUGGACACAGAGGCCCAAUUCACGAAUGCAUUGUAACUGGAUUCAGCUGUGCCCUCUCAGCACUCUUUGUCAUGUCCAAGCAGAAGAGUUUGUUCCUUAGAAGCAGCAGUUGUGGACUACGCUGUAUAAACAUGGUACUGUGGUGAUCACAAACUGUUAAUUUGUUUAAUGUGUGUUACUGUUAGUUAAAUUUCUUUGUUGUCUUACUGUUAAAUAUUUUAUAUCUUUCUAUUGUAUUUUGUAAAUAAAAUUGUAAAAAUAC